GGGCGGUUGUCAGGGAGAAGCAAGAUGGCGGCCGCGGCGGCGGAGGAGGACACGGAGCUGCGGGACCUGCUGGUGCAGACGCUGGAGAGCAGCGGGGUGCUCAAUAAGAUUAAGGCAGAGUUACGAGCAGCUGUGUUUUUGGCAUUAGAAGAACAAGAGAAAGUAGAGAACAAAACACCUCUGGUAAAUGAAAGCUUGAAAACUUUUUUAGGUACAAAAGAUGGUCGCUUGGUAGCAGGUCUUGUUGCGGAAUUUCUGCGGUUUUUCAAUCUUGAUUUUACGUUGGCUGUUUUUCAACCUGAAUCAAGCACACUAAAUGGUCUUGAUGGUCGAGAAAACUUAGCUCGAGAUUUGGGAAUUACAGAAGCAGAAGGUACUGUGGGUGGUCCCCUGUUGUUGGAGGUUGUUAGGAAGUGUCAGCAGAAAAAGAUUUCAGGCGAUGGAGAAGUGGCUCCAGUUCUAAGUGAUAGCCAGUGCCCCACAUCAAAAUCAUCUGAUGGAAGGUCAAGUACACAUUCUAUACCAAAUAAGGCUGCUGAAAACACUCAGAGUGAUACUAGUGUCUCAUCAGGGGACACAAGCAAAAGAAGCAUUCAUUUUCUGCCUAAUGAAGCAAAACUAGAUCCUCAACUAGAAAACAAAGACUUGAAUACCAAAGAAAAGAGUGAUGCAGCUGUGGAUGAAGAUGAUGUAGAAGGAGACUCUUUCUUUGAUGAUCCUAUACCCAAACCAGAAAGAACUUAUGGCUGGAAAACGGAAGCCAGUAAAGCAGGAGGUCUAGCAUCUCUUUCUGAUGCACCACCUCUAAAAAGUGGGUUAAGCUCCCUGACUGGUGCACCUUUGAUAAAGGAGUCUGAUAAUUUGAAUAAAAACUCUGUUUUGAAAGACCUGCGGUUGGUGAAUGCAAAACUGGGAUCACUAGAAUUAGGAAACGGAGAUGAUGAUGAAUAUGCUGAUGACUUCAACAGUACUAGUCACCGCUCAGAAAAAAGUGAUAUCAGUAUCGGUGAAGAAAUAGACGAAAUUUCUGUGGGAACAGAAGAGUCAAAUGCCAGUGAUAAACUCGAAAGCAUCACACAAGACCUUACCAUUUCUCAGUUAAGUGACGUUGCAGAUUAUCUAGAAGACGUGGCAUAGAACUGGACAGCAAGAAAUCUUUCAUUGUGCUGGACUAGAAGACUGCUGUGGACUAUUAAUUUCAGACAAUCACUUUUUGCUGGAAUGUCCACUCCCUACUUGUGCCUUGUGUUUCAAAAAGACUGUAGAUGGAGAAGGCAUUUAAAUAUUCUUUACAAGAACUAAAUGAAACAGUGUGUUCCCAUUUGAGUCUGAUAUCAGAAUUACUUUCUUCAUUUGGUUCAGCCAAACCUUUUACAGCAGGAGGUGGAUUUUCCAAGCCAAAUGUCCAUUGCUGGCAGUGGGCAUAAUAAAAACCAGUUGAUAGAACAUCAAGAAAGAGGCAUGUGGUUUUACAGUGAACUUGCACUGUUAUUUUAACAGCUCAAUUUUUUUUUUUUUUUUAAAGAUAACCAAAGCAAGAACCUUCAAAGGUAGUGGUUCAACUCACACAUCGUUUAACACAAUUUUAUCAAGUCAACAUAUAGUACGUAUUUAUGGUAACUCUAGCCACAAUACCUAAUUACUCCAGACUUACUUGAAACUGCUGUUUUACAGAUUCUUCUGAAAGUUGGACUUUAGCUUUCGUAAAGGCAUAUCAAACUGAGAGUAUCUAAACUCUUAAAUCUAAAUUUAGCCAUAUUUAGGAGCUAAAUUUAGCACUAGGCUUAACUCAGAAUAUUCUUUUUUAAAUGUUUGUCAGACCAUUGAUGUUAAGACCUAAGCUGUUUUUAUGUAUGAUAAUUUCUUCAAUGUUAUCUGUUGUUAAAUCACGAAAAAUAAUUUUAUAAGAAUUCACAAAUCAUUAACUAAAUCUUAAUGGGUUUUCAUAAGUUUUUAAUGGGUUUUCUUAAGUUUUUAACAGUGUGGUAAUGCAUUGUGGAGCUUUUAUUAUCGAGGGCUCUUCAUAUGCUGUAAGUUUACUUUCAUUCUUGAAAAUCCUUGUUAAGUAAAUGAGCGCCAAAAAGUGAAACCACUAACCCUCUGCUAUUCAGAUUCUGAGUGCUGUACAGAAGUAAUUGCAAAUAUUUAAAAAUACCAUACUGAAAACAUUACGGACACUAAGUUCUAGCUGAGAGCAAAUUCUUGUAUUUUCACGAUACUCUUGCAAAACAGGGUCAGUAAUGGAAACGUUGACAGUUCUUUAACAAUACUGUACAUGGCGCUGCUGUAAUAUAUAGGUCAUGGACAUUUGUAAUACUGAAACAAGACUUCAAAAUGUGCACUUUCUGAACAUUGUGAACACAUUUGGAAACUAGACAUGUAACUGAAUAUAAAUAAUUUAAUUUUAACUUUUUUUCUUUUUUUAGACUUUGUAAUUUUUUUUUUCAGGAACACUGUUGGCCUGUCAUCAGUGAUCACCACAGUGGAAGUAGCAUGCUAAACUAAAGCCAUUGGUUAAGCAUAUAAAGCUGCUACUAGCACUGGAAGCUGACUUAAAUCUUUUGUUGCACUGGGCCAGCAGGCCUGGAGCAGUGCUGGGAACUUAGGCUUGUACAUUACAUAAAUGAUUUGAGAGGAGAGAAAAAGUGUGCCUUUUAUUUAUGUGCACCCCAAAAUAGCCAGCAAAAAAGCAUCAGAAUAUUUGGUCAUGGUGGUAACUUUUAACUUUGUGCCAUAUUGUAGCAGCUGAACACAGAGGAGAAUUUUUUUCACCCCAAAAAGUCAAUGUGCCAUAGACUUCAGAUAGCAACAAUGUUAUAUGAUACAGCCUGUGUAAAAAAUUCUUUAUGGAUAGGGGAACCUGUGCCUCAAGAUACUAUAUAUGAAAAGUUUGAUUUGGGAUUUUUUUUCCCUUUUUUUUUCUUUUUUUUUUUUUUUUUUUUUAAUUUUAUUUUUUUAAGAGCAACAGCAUAUCUGAAGGAAAUAAAAUUCCACAUGAACACCUGGGAACAAUUGUUUUCUGGCAUCCUUUUUUAAGGUGUAUGGAAUAAAGCAGAGACAGUGUUGUUUGGUUUUUUUACGUGUCUUGGAAACCAUGAUGUACCAUUACCUGUUAGCUGUAGGAUAUGUGGCAAUUUAUCAUACCAAACAAAACAAAAAGUUUAUUAAAUUAUUUCUAAUAGCAUUUGAAGAUGUGGCCUUUUCAAAAACAAAAGAUAUUUUAAGUGUUAAUAUGACUUUUGUUAACAGCUGUGUUCUCUUACCUUGGAAGUUAAUGGCAGGCCUUGCACUUUGGCUCUAAUUAAAGGAAAUACCAAAAAGUGGUAAGUCUCCGUGCUGUUCCUCCUGUGAGCUUUUACUGAAUUGUGUAUAAUAAUUCAAAUUGUAAAAUAAAGCUAUUGUGCUGGCUGAA